AUGGGGUUGGACCGGAGACAGUUUUAGCACACCAGCUAACGAUAUACAACGCUGACAAAUGACCGUAUCUGCAUCAUUCAACUUCACAACUUCAAGGAAUUGGACAUGGGAGGACUAAACCUUCAUCUUUUCCUUCUGUAUGGAUGUUUCUUAAACGUGACUUCAUUUUUGAAAACUGGAACCUCGCCUUCCUCUCCAAACAUUGCCCUGAGGACCUGUAUGAGGGCAGCAGGCUAUUACAGGCUAUUACCAGAUAAAAUCAAUAGGAACAAGUUUUCCACGUCCAUGCAGAAAUGGUGCUCAGUACAUGAACGUGUUUUACCUUGUGUCCAGAACUCUAUCGAAAACAACUCACUUCGGAGUCCCUCGGACUGGUUCUUCUCUAUGACUUUUGAUUUCGAAAUGGCAAAGAGGACAUCGAUUGCAAUGUGCAAAAAGCUGAAAAAGUUUCGUAGAAAACUGAAAUGUAUCAAUAGUGCUAGUCUAAGACGCGCUAGAAGAUGUGUGAAGACUUUGACAAUGCCUUUAAGACAAACCUUAACUGGACUGUACAUGCAAAACAAAACCGACAGUUACGACGCUCGGAGAUUGGCGUGUAUAAUAUCAGCUGCAACAGCAACGUGCUAUAAGGAGAAGAUGCGAUCCUGCAGAGGUUAUCUUCGGGAUUAUAUUGGUGCUUAUCAUGUGAUCUUUGGCGGGAAGUGUUUGUCCGUCCUUCCGGUUACAUCAGGAGAUUCUGUGAAUGAUUCUAUCAUCAUGCCAAGACAGGCUGAUAAAAACUGGAUCACUAUUGUUCAAUCCCUCUUAAAGGAAGUAGGAAUUGACUUUCUACCCAAAAGUAUGAUAUCAGAAAUCCAAUCAACGACGAUAACGUCAUUACAGGAGACCCAAUCAAAUACCAAUCGACCAACGGCGCCAUUGACAACCAGUGAUGACGUCAGCAAUGACUCAAUGUUUGCACCAGAAAAUGACGCUAGUAUAAUGUCCCGCGAGCAUGAUACGGAGAUGACUACCAAAUCUUCAGAUAGCAGAAGAAAUAAAAACAAAGGCACUGAAAGAUCGGGAAAUGCAACUAAUGCAUUGGAAAGUAAAGAAAAUGGUACAGAAACUGACACCGUAGUAAAUGAAAGUGAAGAAAAUGUUUAUAGCCAGGAAUCAAAUUUCACAAGCAUCAUAUUUUCGACAGAAGAAACGAAUAUGACGUCUGAAACCAGUGACGACAGCGAAAAUGAUCACGUUAACAGUAAAUCAGAUGACGUCAGCAGUAAUAUAAGCCAAGAAAUGACUACCGUGAUUUCUGAUCAAAAUCGUGCGUACACAUUUUCAUCCAGUUCCAUGGAAUCGCCUCUGAAUAAAUCGAGGACACGUGCUUCAGCGUCAUCUGUAUCAGACAAGUCCAUUUCUCCAAAACUAUCCAUGUCGACUUUGUCCUUAUUUUUGCCCCUUGUAUUUGUUAUUUCAGCUAUGUUCUGUUGAAUCCAUACCAUAUCUCUGUGAGUCAACCUUAUUUAAAAAAAACUUAGCUUUCUGUUUGAUAUCAACCUUAUCCAUUGUUACAUGUUGUAAAUAUUGUAUAUACACAGAUAU